AUGCAAGUUUUGAAGGGUAUCUGUGACGGUGCAGCAGCAGUCAUUGUGGCUGAUGAAAAUUCCGUCCUGAAGCAUUCGCUGAAACCGCUGGCGCGAGUUAUAGCAUGGUCAGUCGUUGGCUGCGACCCAACGGUGAUGGGAAUUGGCCCGGUUCCGGCAAUCAAACGUUUGCUGAAGUUAACCGGAAUGGAACUUAGCAAAAUCGAUCUAGUCGAGGUCAACGAAGCGUUCGCUGCUCAAACAGUAUCUGUUCAACGUGAACUGAAGCUGCGAGAUGAGCGACUGAAUGUGAACGGUGGGGCAAUCGCCAUUGGACAUCCACUAGCUGCAUCAGGAUCGCGAAUUAUCUGUCAUUUAUGCUAUGAAAUGCAGUUAGUUGUUGCUUUUCAUCAUUUUUCAAAGAAUACCAUUUUUAUAGAUUCUUCUUACCAGCAACCUCUUAUUCGGUCUGGAAAUGGAUUUCUGCCUUGCUGGAAAUCCUUUACGUUUACUGACUGCGAGACUUUGUAA